GCUGUUUUACAAAAUUUGCACCUCAUCAAAGUGAAAAAUGUUUAUGAUAUUUAUGAAUUGUUCGAAUUCAUGGAUUUCAUCAAAGAAGAAAUAUUUAAAAAAGAAAAUGUUUUCUUCCACCGCUUGAAACUUCUGGUUAUUGACUCAAUAACUCCACUUCUGUCACCUUUGUUUGGUGGAAAGUAUUUAGAUGGACCUGCUUUAAUGAACAAUGUUGCUCAACAAUUUAAAGUAUUGACUUCACAGCAUAUGAUAUCUAUUUUGGUUUGUAAUAACACUGUUAAUGAUAAAGACUUUGCUAUCAAACCAGCCUUGGGGCAUAAUUGGAAAUAUAUUCCAUCAAUUUCACUUUCCAUCUCCAAGUUGAGUUCAGGAAAUCAUAAAAUGAGCACAUUAAAAAGUUGUCGAAAUGGCUUAUUCCACCAAGUAUUAUUUCAUAUUACUAAAGCUGGAGUGACUGAUUGACUGUGCAGCUUAUUAUUCAUAAUGGCCUUUUGGAUGAUUGCAAUUCAAGAUUUAAUUUCUGUUUUAUUUUUGUAUUAGUUCUCACAUCGAAAUUUAACUUUUGUUGUAUUAUUGUUUGUGAUUUUUUUUCAUUCAUUAAUGUGAUUUCAAAGUCUUAAUAAAUUACUUUUUUAUUUA